AACAGAGAAAUAAUUAAAUGUAUAUAUUUUUACCAAUGGAUCUGAAUUUGUAUGUUUUUGCUAAACAAAAUUCCACCACAGGAACCUUCUGUCGGAGCCAGGAACCUUGCGUUUCCCUCACAGGGACCAAAGUCUAUAUAAAGUUCAGAGUAAAUCUUUUUACCCCCCCCCAAAAAUAGUUCCUGGGUGUAAAGUACCUAAACCUUUGGGGUGGGGCUUUCAGCGCUAAACAAACCUAUUUUGUUGAGCACUUCACAAUUGUCGGCCAUAAUUGUUCUUAAAAACCUCUAGCUGUGUAUAAAGUUUUUAAUUUACUUUUUUUAAAUGUUAUAUUUUGCUCUCUGUGGAUUGUUGUACCAUAAAUUUCAGUUUUGAAGAACUAGAAACAUAAUUUAUUAUUGUUGUAUUUGGUCAGGGGAAACUGUUGCUGGGGUCCACUCUCCCUGUAACUGCCAGCCAGCGUUCACAUCUUAAAAUAGACUGCUGUUUCGAUGCAAAAGCAUAACACAGACCCCUGAGGGCUCAAGGCACACAAGCUAGAUUUAAUUUCAGGGUCAUUUCAGGGCGUUUAUGACGCCCCAUCGUGAGUAAAUCUGAGGCAGGGAAGUCUGGAACAAAAAAAAUCCCCUGUGGUGGUCAUUCUGCUCUAGAGGUUGUAGAGAGCCUGCUCAGUAACACUUCUCUUUCGGCUUUCAUUGUGAAGCCGGAAGAGUUUUUCUCUUUUUAAACUCUAAAUCUAUUUAAUGGACUAGUUUGGAAACAAUAGAGCUGAGUGCUGUUUCACAUCAGAAGACUGGAAAGAGAAAUGUCAUAUACAACAAAACUUCCUGCCUCCUGGAACGAUGAUCCUCCUGCUCGGAAAGUGGAGAUCGACCUGACCUCACCUGGGCUAGCUGUAGUCGAGUUGGAAAGGCUCUUGUUUACUGGCAAACCCAUUAUCAGUCACGCAGAUGAAGUUUGGCCGAGGGUCUACAUCGGUGACCAGCACAGCGCAGAGAACACGGCCGAUCAGUCCAAGCAUCAGAUCACACACAUCCUGAAUGCAGCUCACAGUAAGCGUGGAGGACAGCCAGGUAUCUACAGGGGCAUGGAGAUCACAUACAUGGGCAUAGAGGCUCAUGACUCCUGUGGCUUUGACUUGAGCGUCAACUUCCUCGCAGCAGCAGACUUCAUUCACAGGGCUCUCAGCAGGGGAGGCAAAGUGCUGGUGCACUGUCACGUGGGAGUGAGCCGCUCAGCCACCCUGGUCCUUGCGUACCUGAUGCUGAGGCAGAACCUGAAGCUCGUGGAGGCUAUUUGUGCUGUGAAAGAUAAACGUGGUGUGAGGCCCAAUCGAGGAUUCCUCAGACAGCUCAUCAAACUAGAUGGUCAGCUGUUUGGCACGCAUCCCUGAACUCUGUAUGAUAGUGUUACUGCUCAGCUCUCAUGGGUCCACAACAUGAGGAAAACAUGACAAAGAUGGGUCCUUGUUGAGAAACACUGAUGCCAUUAUAUGGAUGCAUGAAUGUUUUUGAGUCUCAGACUUGCAGCAUCUGAUCCAUUCCAGGAUCAUGUUUUAAUUUCCAGGAACUGUAA